AUAGAUCUGGCCCUCCUCAAACGCAUUCUGCUCAGAUUUGAAAAAUCCAUUUCAAAAAACCAGUCACAGCGUAUCAAGCAUGCAGACGAUCCACUCAAGUAUUUGGAUUCCGAAGCAGAUCUUGUAGAAGAAAUCAAGACCAUGACUACUAUUAGUUCUGUUCCAGAACUCUAUCCUGCGAUGCUGGAUCUGGGAACACAUCAGUCCAUUUUGGCUCUGGUGUCGCAUGAAAACACCGAUAUUGCCAUUGCAGCUUUGGAAUUGAUUGAUGAGCUCACCGAUGAAGAUUUGGCUGGAAAAACGUCUGGCAGUGGAGAGGAAGGCAUGGAAAUGCUGGUUCAUGCAUUGGUGGAGCAUGAUGCAUUUCCCUUGCUUGUGCAGAAUUUGAAUAGAUUGGAUGAGAGUCGUACCGAUGACAAACAAGGCAUCUUCAACACACUUAGUGUAAUCGAAAACUUUGUAGCUAUUGAUCCACAGCUUUCUGAAAAGGUCGUCACUUCCACCAAUAUUCUUCCCUGGCUUUUGGCUCGCAUAUCACAAAAGACUGCAUUUGACUCCAUUCGCCAGUAUGCCUCUGAGAUCCUUACCAUUCUUUUGCAGACAAGUCAAGCCAAUCGCUGUCGCGUAAUAGCCUUGACUGGCAUGGACACUCUUCUUCGUGUAAUCUCUCCUUACCGUCGUAAGGAUCCUGCCGAUUCAGACGAAAUUGAAUUCAUGGAAAACGUAUUUGACACCCUGUGUCUGUGUCUGGAUCUUUUCAAGGGAAAGAUGGACUUUUUGAAGUCUGAAGGCAUUGAGCUCAUGUUAAUUAUGAUCAAGAACGGGAAAAUGUCACGCAUGAGGGCUGUCAAGGUUAUUGAUCACUUGUUGCUCCACAACCCAUCUGAACAUGCGUCGAUUGUUGCAUCCACACAUCUAAUCGAAGCCUUUGGUCUCAAAACUCUGUUUAAAAUCUUUAUGGAAAAGGGUGCCAAAAAAUACAAGAAAAUGUACGAAGACUAUUCUCGACGCGAAGAUGAAGAGCAUAUAAUAUCCAUUAUUGCAUCACUGUUUAGAUCGAUAAAAAGAGACGAUCUCCGUGACCGACUUCUUUUUAAACUCAUCGAGUCUGACUUUGAAAAGACAAGAAAGUUUAUGGCUUUGUAUCAAACGUACACGGCACUAGUCAAAACAGUUGAUGCACAUAUUGCUGAGCGACGUCAACGUGCCAAAGAUGAGUUGGAAGAGGAUGGAGAUAUGAUGGUCCAAGAUGAUGCCAUGGCGUAUUUGGACCGACUUGGUGGAGGAUUGUUUACCUUGCAAUUGAUUGCACUGAUUUUGGCAUAU